AUGGCUACUGUAGUGGUAACCACUUCUGAGCUCGCACAGCAUUGUACAGCGAACGAUUUGUGGGUUUCAGUUCAUGGAAAUGUUUAUAAUUUGACAUCUUUCCUAAAGGACCAUCCAGGCGGUAUAGAUAGUAUUCUUCAAUGUGCUGGAGAUGACGGGACGGAAGCAUACGACUAUGCAGGGCAUAGCAAAAGCGCUUCGGCAACUUUAAAGCGUUUUUUGAUCGGGCCCUUGGAAGGGCACGACGAGAAACUGUCCGAACAGGAUGAUCGAUCGGACACAUUAGUAAAGCCUGAGUUACAGAGCCCACGCAACAGCUAUUUACCAGCCAGCUAUUCUUUGAUCGGAUUCCUGCGACUUUUCUUGGGCACAGCCUUGGGAGGAUUUUUCAUCGCGAUUGGUAGCCGAUUUGCGCUCCAGAAUCAGUCAUUCCACACUCUUAUUGCUUUAGGGAAGCGGGCUAUGGAUUCCAUUGGUGCCUUUGGUGCUGGAGCUCUGCUAUCCUCUUCCGUCGCUCUUGUUGUUUUUGCAUAUGCCUACGAGCAGUUUCGCAAGACUUUGCACCACACAAAGGAGCCAUUUGCUUAUCCGCCUAUUAUUCCUCGGCCAGUCGGGUUUUCAGAUAGACGAUUUUUCAAACAGUGA